CAGAAACACUGUGAACAUUUGAACAGUAAUAGCAUUUCUUGACGAAUCGCGAAAAAUGUUUUUAAACGAAAAUUUGCGAAAUCGGCCCAGGAUCGUGAUGCCGAAACAGGAACAACUGGAGGCAGUACCACUGCCUAAUAAGAAUGCUGAUAUCGUUUGGCGCGGGGUACGCGGGCGACUGUACGACUCACGUGCAGCUCGGACAGUACCACUGGCCUUCCGUCCGUACCGUGCUUCCGGAAAUUAUUCCCUGGAUCUAACCUCGUCACAAAAAGCCAUGAGUCCCGUUAAUAAAUUAACGUACUUCACCUUGCAGUUGUUUUUGUCCGACCUGCCUCCGGAUGCCGCUCUGACUGGAACAACUUGUAGCGGCCUGUCCAACUCUUCUGGAGCUGUGAGCCCAGCCUUGCGGCGGUAAUCUUGUGACAAAAUAUU